CAGAGGCCCCGCCCCUCCCACCGCGGAGUCUGCGCGGUGCGGCCUGCCGGGCGGAUCGUGUCCCCGUCCCGGCGUCCGCCAGCUGGGCCACCCGUCCGUCUGUCCGCGGGUCCUGCCGCCUGGUCGUCUAGGCGGAGCGAGCUCAGGAAGCGGCGGGGACGGCCGAGACGCGGUGAGGGAGGGGCUUGGGGCGCCCCCUCCCCAUCCCGGGGGCGUCCUACCCUCGAUCUGCCCGUCCAGAGUCGCCUGCGGAUGGAGCGCCGGCUGCGCGGUGCCCGCCCUCACCCGCCUGGGCCUCAGCUUCCCCACUUGCACGAUGGAGGUGACCAUUGCUGCCCUGCUGGCCGCCAGCAGCGGCUGUGAGUCUGUGGUGCUGGGGGCGGCCUGUAGGAAGCCCUAGGGUGCUUUCACAGGCCCAGCCAUGGCGGGAGGGAGACCACACCUGAAAAGGAGCUUCUCCAUCAUCCCCUGCUUUGUCUUUGUGGAGUCAGUACUGCUGGGCAUCGUGGUCCUGCUCGCUUACCGCCUGGAAUUCACGGACACCUUCCCGGUGCACACGCAGGGCUUCUUCUGCUAUGACAGCACCUAUGCCAAGCCCUACCCCGGUCCUGAGGCCACCAGCCGAGCACCUCCCGCCCUCAUCUAUGCCCUGGUCACUGCUGGGCCCACCCUCACGAUCCUGCUGGGGGAGUUGGCGCGGGCCUUCUUCCCCACACCACCCUCAGCCAGCCCCAUCCUCGGCGAGAGCACCAUCAUUUCAGGGGCCUGCUGCCGCUUCAGUCCCCCGCUGAGGAGGCUGGUCCGCUUCCUGGGAGUGUACUCCUUCGGCCUCUUCACCACGACCAUCUUCGCCAACGCGGGGCAGGUGGUGACCGGCAACCCCACGCCACACUUCCUGUCCGUGUGCCGCCCCAACUACACGGCCCUGGGCUGCCCCCCGCCCUCUCCUGACCGGCCGGGGUCUGACCGCUUUGUCACCGACCGGGGCGCCUGCGCCGGGAGCCCCAGCCUGGUGGCCGCCGCGCGCCGCGCCUUCCCCUGCAAGGACGCGGCCCUCUGCGCCUACGCGGUCACCUACACGGCGAUGUACGUGACCCUGGUGUUCCGCGUGAAGGGCUCCCGCCUGGUUAAGCCCUCCCUCUGCCUGGCCCUGCUGUGCCCCGCCUUCCUGGUGGGCGUGGUCCGCGUGGCCGAGUACCGCAACCACUGGUCGGACGUGCUGGCCGGCUUCCUGACCGGGGCGGCCAUCGCCACCUUUCUGGUCACCUGCGUCGUGCACAACUUCCAGAGCCGGCCCCCCUCUGGCCGAAGGCUCUCCCCCUGGGAGGACCUGGGCCCAGCGCCCACCAUGGAGAGCCCCCUCGAAAAGUUAAGUGUGCCCCAGGAACCCGAGGCCUGCAGGCCGCAUUCGACACCGGCACGGCUCGCCCCAUCCAAGCCGCAGAACUGCGCCCGCCGUGGCCACCUGAUGCCCAGCUGCGUGUCCUCCAGGGCGCCGGCCAUGUGUUCGUCGCCCCGUGUGCCCCGCCCUCGACUGAGGUCUGAGCCGACGCCCCUGCCCCUGCCCAUGCCCCUGCCCGCCCCGACCCCCAGCCAGGGCCCCUCGCCCUCCUCCCCGGGAGCUGCGGCGCCGGGCGGCGGCGGCGGGCGUGGCCGGAAGCUGCUGCUGCCCACGCCCCUGCUGCGGGACCUGUACACCCUCAGUGGACUCUACCCCUCCCCCUUCCACCGGGACAACUUCAGCCCUUACCUGUUCGCCAGCCGCGACCACCUGCUGUGAGCCCCACCCCGGGAGUCCGCCCUCGCCCCUGUGUGUCCCCCGCCACGCGUGUGUGUGCGUGCCGAAGCCCGCUGCCCCCUGAACCAGCCAGGUCCGGGUGCCAGGAGGUGGCCGGGGCAGCCCCGCCGGUCGCCCUCUGGGACGCUCGGUGCAUAGAGGGCCUUCGCCCGUGAUUGCCCUUUUCAGGGCGAACACUUGGCCCUGUUGGCCACUGCCCAGCCAGUGAGGGUCUCCAGUUCUCAGAGUUCUCCCCCAAAAGGAGUUUAUUGCAGCCAACCGGAGCCUCCCUCUCACUCCUUGGGACCCUCAGAGCCCCGGGCAAGUCCAGCCGGUGUUCAGUGUCUGAGCAGCGAGUGGGAGGCCUUGGCGCUCGGCGUGUCUAGAAUGGGUGGGUAUGAUUCCAGUCAAUGGGGGACCGCCCGAGUCUAGCGUGUGCACACAGGCGGAGCGGGCGGGGUCGUCCUUCCUCACCAGGUCCUCCCCGGACGCGCAGAGCGCGGUGGCGGCGGGGAGACAGGCUCCCCAGUGGCGAGGUCCCUUCCCGCGUGCGUACCCCCCACCCGGUCCCUCCAACUCCCUACUUACGCCCCAGUUGAGGUUUUGGGGCUCAGGGUGCUGUGUCUCCACUUGCCUGUACCCAGGGCACUCCCCCAAACCCUUCUCUUACUCCUUAGGGCUGCGGGGAAGGGCUUUCUUUUCUUCACCUUGCCCGCCCUGCCUGGGCCUACACAGAUGUGCCAUCUCGGGGGGCACGGGUAGAGCAGCGGGGGCUCCCCUCCCCUGAGCAGCGAAGGCAGUGGGCAGAGGAGACGCUGUCCCCCUUUCCUGCCCACUCCUCAUCUUUAAUAAAAACCUGUUUGUAGCAGAA